GAAGUUUAGUGUGUGGACGCGCAUCACUAGAGAUGUGGAUUGAUUCAUGAAGGCGGGGCGGGGGAAAUGAACCAGAGCUCUAGUUGAAAGGGUUAACUCUUUCCAAGAAUCAGAAACGAACAAAAGCCUGUCCAUUUUCGUUCUCUCUCUCUUCCUUUCUCUCUCUCUCUCUCACUCUCUGUCGCCCGUGGUGCUUCGACUGUGCCUGUCAGUGGGGGGGAAAGAGUUGAAUUGGGCCGAAUGUAUUAAAUUAGCGGCUGGCUGUUAAUAGUGGAGUUACCCCGGGGGGGGAAGCCAGCUUGUUCCUGGCUCGCAAACCAUCGAAUAACGACAAAACGGCCCGCUUAACCAGAGGUGCGUGCGUUUGAUACACGGAAAUGUGUUCCUUUAAUCUCCAUCAAGCUGACUUUGGAGGAAAAAAACCCCGUAAAUGACUUGCUUAUUAAUUAACUGGAACGAAUAUACCCGGAGUGUCAUUUCUACUGGCCUGGCAGCACAAAAAAUCUGAGGGCGGCGGAAAAUAACGAGCUCCCUUCUGGCCCGCGUUAAUCUUGUGAUCGGUGUGGGAUUAGCGGUCAUUUGAAUUCAUCACCCCUCUAUGAUUUGUCAAGAGAAAGCAGCAAGGCUGCUGUGCGCCAGCAAUUGUGCCCAAGACCCGCUUGGCCUCCGGGAAGGACAGACAGACUUGUUCCGUAUCUCCUGCACCAUGAGUCAUUUGGAACUUACAGGCUGGUACUGGGGAGCUCUCACAUCCAUUGAAGCGCGCCAGAUGCUGAAUCAGACCACCGAGGGCACGUUUCUGGUGAGGGACAGCUCUAACCCGCAAUAUCUCCUCACACUUUCUGUCAAAACAAGCUCGGGACCUGCCCAUCUCCGCAUCGAGUACAGCGAGGGAAAGUUUGGCUUCGAUUCGGUGGUGUUGGCAAAACCAAAGCUGAAGAACUUUGACGAUGUGGUCGAUCUGGUCCAGCACUAUGUCUCGGUGUCUAAGGGCGCUCACAAGGCACAUGACCAGUCCAUCGCACCAGUGACUAAAGAUACAGUCAUCCAUCUGAAGUUGACCAAACCUUUAUACGUCGCAACGCCUUCACUUCAACACCUUUGUCGGAUUAUAAUCAACAAAAGUACCAAGACAAUCCAAGAACUUCCUCUACCCACCAGAUUGAAGGAAUAUUUAUUAGAAUACCCAUUCCACUUAUAAGCAAGUCAACCGAUAGUAAAUCAUUCCAAACAGGUGGAUGGGCGAGCGAAUGAAUUAAGUGGCUGAGAGAUUCGUACACUGAGGAGAUGAUCAACUGUUUUAUGUGAGGAAGAAGCAGAAUGACACACCAUGCGAUGGAUGGAUACAAACUAGUCAACUUUUUUAUAUUUGGAUCCAAUAAUCAAAAUACUUUUUUUUUUGUAGUUUCUUGGUUAAAUGUAAUUGUUUUUUGUUUUCUGAGGUUUCUGGCACAUAUUUUAUUUUUCGUUCUGUAUUUCUGUUGCAGCUUUUCAUGGUGCACUAUAUACUGCUUGUACCUUGAACUCCUGGGAUGUGUUGCAUAAGGAAUAGAUCGGCACCUGAUAUUCCUUGUGCCUCACUUGGGAGGGAAUGGGAGGAGGUGACCUUCUGUGCCGGGUCAGGAGGAUGGAUUGAAGGGGGGGUUAACACUAAAUAUGGGUAGGGCUCUCAAAUGUUUUGUUUUCGCUCGAUUGCCAAAAUGAGUUGCUAGAAUAAGUGGAACUGUUGGCCUUGAUGGCGAGACUCAUUGCAGAACUGCUAGUGAUCCCAGGAGUCUUAUAAACACCAAUACGGGUUAAACUCUGGACAUUCACCCUCGAUGCAAGUUGGUAGUGUGUUUCUAGUUGAGAAACAAACUAAGCUCUUCCAGAAAGAUGGCUCGUGAUCCAUUCUAGGGCUGUGUGGGAGUUGGGAGAAGAAAUCUGCAUUUUUUUUUGCUUCCUAUUGUGAGUUAGGCUAACUUGUACCAGUAGCAUACCUGACACUAACAGAACUUGAGACAAAGGCUAAAGAGGCAAGCCAAGCGGCAACACGAAACCUCAAACCUUAGAUAAUAGGAUCAACCUUUACAGAUUAUCUGUGUUAAUAUGUAUAAGACAUUCUUUCAACAAUGAGCCAAAAGGGCGGCCAGUGGCGCAGCGGGUAGAGCUGGUGCCUCGCCACGUCAGAGCCCCAGGUUCGAUCCUGACCUUGGGUGCUGUCUGCGUGGAGUUUGC